AUGGGCAAUAAUUUAUACAGGAAAACUCUUCUGGAGAGGUGGCGGAAGACGGCUGACAGUUUUCCAGAGUUGAAUGUGUCAGUGUACGAUGACUAUGGGCCAUUCUUGGACCAGUUCGAUUCAAUGCUACCAGCAACUAUUUCAACGUCGAUCUGUACAUUAUUUUGCAUGAUGAUCGUAUGCUUCCUGUUCAUGUACAAUCUAUUCACCGUCGUGAUUGCCACAAUGUCCAUCAUAUCAAUUUGUACAGGAGUUUUUGGUCUACUCUCGCUUUGGAGUAUUGAUCUGGAUCCAAUUUCAAUGUCGACAACAAUUAUGUCAAUUGGACUCAGUGUCGACUUUCCAGCCCACAUCACCUUUCACUAUUUCAGAGCAGGUGUAGAGGAACCGGGCUCUACACCUGCCAGAAGAGUUGCAAAAUAA